AUGGUGCCAAGGAGGGAUAGGAGGUCAGGAGUGAGAUUCAUUGAGAAUGGUAGGGACCGGAGUCUCACAUACUUCAAGAGGCGCUCUGGGCUUUUCAAGGCAGCAUCUGAUCUCUCCACCCUCACCGGCGCAAGGGUUGCGGUGGUGUUGGAGUCUGAACAUGGCAAGUUUUCCUCUUUUGGCACCCCAGAGGCUAGCCCCAUACUUGAUGCUUUCCUUUUAGGGAGUGCACCUACGGAUCUUGAUACUAGUGAAGCAGAGAAGGCUUCAAUUACCAAUUUACAAAAUGAGGUGUUCCAGCUAGAGAAAGAGAAGACCAUGGAGGAUAAGAGGAAGAAGGAGAGCAUGGCGCGGACCAACAAGAACAUCCAAGAGGCCUCUAAGAUGGCCAAGUAUGUUUAUGGUAACAUAGAGGAUCUUGAUGCCACUGAGCUCUUUGACAUGUAUCGUGAGCUCUCACGAGUAAAGCAAGAGAUAAAUGAUCGCUUGCCUACCUUGCUCCAUGACGACAAAGUAGAAGUUGGUGGUCGUCUUAGAGAUCCAUCACUGCUGCUGCCCACUUGGUGGCGUUCCAUGCCUCCUCCACAAGUUGCGACACCACAAAAGUAUCCAUGGGCUCCCUUCCAAGCUUGCUUCCAGCAACAUCCAUGGUCGUCCACAUCUGCAGCAGCGCUAGCAAGGUCAGGCUCCUCACUUCCAAACUCAAUGAUCCUUCCAUCACUACAGGCACCAGAAAAUCUGCUGCAACAUUACUACCCUCUAGCACCACAUACUUCUUCCACUUCCUAUGUGCAAUUCCAAGCACCCAAGAUGCCACCUGCACCUAUGGAAGCACACAACCCUUACACCUAUCACAUCUGUGGGAUAGACAUCAAUGGUAACAACUCACACCCAUUCUCAUUGUCCCAUAUACUGUCUUCAUCGACAACAUCCCAGCCUUCAUCAUUGCAAACAACUCCACCAUCAGAUGAUUCAUCUCCUCUAUCAUUGUCACCGCAAAUUUCAUCCCCAAUGCAUCUAGGGUCGUCGUCCCAACAACAGCUUCCUUUCAAUGUACAAAAUUAUAGCUCUGCGCAUCCACCUCAAAACUAUGCAAAUGUUGUUGGCUCAACUUCGAUCCAUUGUCAUCAAUUGUUCUAUAGCAACUUAUCAUCACCUGAACUAAAUGUUGAGUUGGGAAAUAGUGGAGGCACCCAAGUUGGCGAUGGACAAAGUGAUGGUGGCUUCGACCGAGUGAUGCCGAAGUCCUUUUCUACUGGAGAAAGCUCUGGUGGUGGUAAUGCAGCAGUCAAUCUUGGUGGCCACAACUUCCAUUUGUACUAG